CUUUAUCAUUAUUUGUUGGAUUCAACAAUAACCAUCACAAUAUCUUGUUUGCACAAGGUCUUUUAAUUGACAAAAGUCUUAAGUCUCACGUUUGGAUUUGCAACAAGUUGUUAGAAGCAACUAAUGUUCAUCCAGAUGUUAUACUUACUGAUGCUGAUUCUGCAGUUCACUCUCUGCUAUUCAACAAGA